CCGACGACUCCGACGCCAACGAACGGCAAAUCCGAGUCAUUCCUCGACUAUUUGGGGACUUUGGGCCGCAAGAAGAAGAUCAAGGAAGAGGCGGAAGCGGUUAAUAUCGAAGAAGAGGGCCGUCAAGCAAUUGACAGCAAUGCACAGCACCCGGUCAUUGACGCCCUCCCCGAAGAGUUUGUCUUAAACGAAUACGAGGAGCGAUCGAUGAUUGAGCCGGGUAUGAUCAACAAUCAUGACUACCAGGAAUUGCUCAAGAUCCUGGUCAAUUGGAUCAACGAUGAGCUUAGUGAUCAGAGAAUUAUCGUCAAAGACUUGGAAGAAGACCUCUUUGACGGACAGAUUUUGGGCAAACUUAUAGAGAAACUGAGUUCUCAGAAGUUGGAUGUCGUGGAAGUGACUCAGAAUGAAGACGGA